GUGGUAACCACCUCUACCAGUUAGUUCCACCAGUUCCAGCGAAGCAGGGUUAACUUAGCAAACCGGUGACUUGUCCAUUGCAAAGAGAUUGCAGGCGGGAGGACCGGGUGGUUGCACUGCUUGGUCGGUCGAAAGGGGAGGCACGCAGGCAGGUAGUAGAAACUACUAGAAAGUUAGAAACAUGCCUCGUGCACGCUCCACACUGUCCACAGGACGUGGGCCAGCAGCACUUGGCAUUCUGGUCGUGAUGCUGGCAGCGAUGGAGAUGACUACUACGGCUCUGGCGCGCAGCCACGGAGGGGGCAAGCGAGUCACCACCAUCAGCCGUCGUUCUCCCUGCGUCCCUGACCCGAGUUCGAACUCGAGCUCGGUCUUGAGCUCGAGCUCAAGCUCAAGCUCGAGCUUGAAAUCCGCUGCUGCUGCUGAUGCUAAUGCGUCGCUCUGUGACCCCCGUCGUGAGGUCUGCGUGAUCAACACGAUAGGGAGCCCGGCGAUGGGUAUACCUCAUACAGGGCGGUGCUUGCGCAGAAAACGUGGCAAGUACUGCGAAUACAACGGCUACCUUUUCGCAUCUGGUCUCACCGGCAUUCCAUCUGUUGACGGAUGCAGCAAUUGCACGUGUUACAAAAAUAGCGAGGUCGUAUGCAGGAGGCUGCAGCCGGCGAGCUGUCUGGUGAAUCCUUGCGACUACGCUGUCUGUCCCGGUCAUCCCUCUGCUACUUGCAAGGCAACCUACUGCAGGGGCUGCCACUUCGACUUCUACGAGAAUGGCAUCAAAGUGGAUUGCAGGAGGAGUGACGGAGAGGGGGCGGCUCCCAGCCUGCCCAUGCUGGACGUGGAUCUGAAGGGGAAUAUGAAGAUGGCCUGCGGGUGCCAGCGAAGGGUUGACCCGGUGUGCGGCUCUGACGGGCGGACGUACGCGAAUGCGUGUGCGGCAAGCUGUGCGAACGUGAGGUUCCGUCGCGGAAGAUGCGGAUAUGGCUGCGCCUGCAACAGGAUGUUCGCCCCCGUGUGCGGCAGCGAUGGCAAGACUUACGCCAACCCCUGCAUCGCCGAGUGCGCUCUCGUUGACUAUCUUCCGCACGCCUGCGGGCUCCGUUGACUUCUUCUUCUUCUUCUCUCUCUCCUUCUUCUUCUUCUUCUUCUUCUUCUUCUUCUUCUUCUUCUUCUUCUUCUUCUUCUCUGGCUUUCAGCAGCUUGGCUGCAUCCGCCGCUGCAAGUUACAGGCGGCAAGUUGCAGGCGGCAAGGUGCAGGCGGCAAGGCGCAGGCAGCAAGGUGCAGGCAGCAAGUUGCCGGGUCGGGUUGCUGGCAUCCAUCAGGUACUACUUAUGACCGUGUUCGAACAGCUCGUAGCGAGCCUUAUAUGCUAUUAUGAUUCUGUUGUAAUUGUCUGUACCAUGAUCACCUGCGUACGACGUACGUACCAUACGACGUACGUACCGUACGAUGUACGUACGUAAUCAUGACUCGUGAUUUCGCCCACAACAUAUUUUUUGGGGCUGGCGCGUUGACCGCUCAGACCUCUGCAGGUUUGUUCCCUUUUGUCCCUGGGCCAGAUAUACGUCCAGGUUAGUGCCCUCGCCG